AUGAUACCAGUUCAUACUGCCAUUACAAAUCACUUCCCUGUAACAAAUUCAGAGUUUGAAGGGUUGGCCACAACGGACAUAAAACGAGAAUCGCAUAAUAUAACAUUACCAAGCCAAAACUUCGCUAUUUCUAGAAAUUCUAUGAUGAUCAGCUUACCCAGUCGUCGAGGCAGGCGGUCAACAAUACCGCCGGAGAUCCGUGAGGAAGUUCGCCGGUUAAAGAAACGGAAUACAGAACGACAACGUCGUGCUUGUAUUUCAGAUAAAAUGAAUGCAUUGCAUAGUUUAGCUAUGAAAUUAAUUGGAGAAGAUCCAUCCAAACACUCCAAAAUGGAAAAGAAUGAUAUUCUAGGAAUCUGUUAUACUAUCUUCGAAGGAAUCGCUAAAAUUCUGAAGGACAGGCCUGAAUUACUGUCGCGUUUGCAUAAUCUUGGUUCAACUUCUCAGGAAACAAUGAACGCUAAACCUAUCUCUCAUAGUUCAGAUUCAAUGAACUUACAACCUAAUGAUUCAAAUUCAUCAUCAAAAUAUUUUCAUAAAACUGAACAGAAUUCUAUUCAGACGAAUCUACCGAAUCCUUCUACUUAUUCUUCAACAAAUAUAAAUCCUUUACAAAAUCAAAAGAUGAAACAACAUUCCAAUCCAAAUAGUUCCAUACCAUUAUCUUGUUCAAAUAUUUUAAACGAAAGAAAAUCUAGUAUUCAAUGUGUCAAUACACAAUCCAAAACUCAUACAUUCCGACUACCAUUAAAAUAUCGUUGGUGUAAAGUAGAAAAUCAAAAUACAACAUUUGAUUUUGAACAAAUUAAUCAUGUUAAUCGGCAUAAUUUAUCAUUUGAAAUGAAAAACCGAACUAAUUACAUUCAUACAUUAGUUAAAUCUGAAGAUAAUUUCAUCUCGAAACCAUGGACUGAUGAUCAAAAAGAAAAUAUUUCACACUAUAUAAAUCAAGAAAAUGUUUGGAGACCUUAUUUAAAUUGA